AUGCCACUGGUUCGGAAUCCUCGCUUUGCUCAUAGAACGCGUCCUAGCUCCAUAAUACCCUGUCAAAUUGUGGACAUCUCCGAAAUACAAAAUGAUGAUGAAUAUUGUGAGCCGGGAGAACAUUGUUUCUAUGUUUCGGUUUGUCUAGACGAUACAACUAAAGAAGAAGAACCAAUUUUCAAAGAAACUCCGAAAAAAGCAAAACAGAGGGAAAAGAGAGAGCGAGUCAAGAAGAAGUUGGAUUCUGUCUCUGAAACAUUUGAUGAGGAAAAAGAAAACGAAUCUGAGCAUGAGGAAGGAGAAACAAGAGAAAAUCUUACAGUCAUAGAAGAAGAGUGUGGUGAUACUGAUGAGUUACUCAAUAUAAAAGAAAUAAAACAAAAGAUUGAUGAUGAUGAAGAUUUUUCUCUGCUCAUCGAAGAUCAAGAUGGUAACCCUUUGGUCCAGAAAGAUGAACGGUUGGUCUUAGCUAGUGAAGAUGAUCUUAAAUCUCGGAAAGCCAAACAAGAAAAAGCUAGAAAUAAAACGUCGCAACAUACACCUCUAGUCAGUCCUUCGGAUACUCCUGAUGUCAGUCCCACAGAAAAUGAAAAAAACAAAGAGAAACCAUCUACCAGGCGUCGGAGAACAAAUCAACGUGGUAAAACCAUUGCUAUCGAUCAUCAGCUUGAACAUUUCCGAGAAGUUAUCAGAACAGUGGCUCGAAGCAGUGCUCCACGAAAAAGUUAUGUUGUGUGCAACGUAUCGCAAAUGUGGGAUAAUCAUCAUCCAACCACUACACCAGUUCGACCUCCGAAGACAGGCAAUUCAAGAGCUUCAGUUCUAUCACCUAUUCGCAGAGAUUCUCGACAGUUCGCUAAUUUUCCAUUACAUAAAUCGUCUCGUCUGUCCGUGAUGAUGCCACAAAUGUGUUCAACUCCCAUCUUGAGCAAGAGUUCAGCAGUACUUGAACGCGACAAAUCGAUCCUGGCUUCUAAUUCUGGGAAUCCUGUUAUGCCCCCACCGGAUUUAUCUGCAAUUGCUCAUUCUCAGAGCUCUAUCCAACCUAUGAGCCCAUUCACCACUCAGGAAACUCGAACACAUACUUUUGUAGCCCCUCAAUCUCUUAUCGAAGAAUGUAGUACGCAAGAAUCAAACAGUUUUUCAAAAGAGAAGGAUGCUCAGGUCGACAAUGUUCAAUCCACGGAUAGAAAAACGAAUGAAAGCGUGUUAAAAGAUCCAAUUACUAGUGACAGCAUUGAAGCACCUAGGUUGAGAAGAGACUCAUCCAGAAAACGAAAAUCCUCACCUAAGCGAGAUUCUUCAGAUGAAACACAGCCAACGAGUCCCAAAACGAGUGAUCUACAUACUAGUGCUUCUCGAAGUCCACUAGCAGCUAUAAACUCUGAAACACCAAGUAAAAGUCUGACGAAUCUCUCACGGUUGUCUAUGGAUUCUAAAACGGGUACUUUCUACAAUGAAAACAACGAUGAGGGAGAUUGUCAAACUAUGCUAACGAAUCAAAACACUAUGAUGUUUGAGGAUAAUGGUCGGGAACUUUAUCAGCAGAGUAUGCUUAGUAUUCAUCCAAUGAAUAAUAUAACAAAUAUGACAACUUGCUCGGACUAUAGGAGAAACACUACAAUGACGAAACGUAAUAUCACUAUUAUGAGAACAGACUCUAUGUUGGAUGGAUCACAUAUAAUACCUAGUAUACCAUUUUAUCUCGAGGAUUAUGAGGGAGAACAUACGCCUUUAAGUCAUCUUCUCCAUAUUAUUGACCAAAAAGAGGUUAUGGGAUGGAGUGAUCUACCUAAAGAAAUGAUAACAAAUCCCGUCAAGCUUGGAGAAGGAGCCUAUGGAGAGGUUUUUAAAACGUAUAUAGAUGAAACACCCACGGCUCUCAAGAUUAUGCCCAUUUCGGCAGAAAUGUUGGAUGACAGAAUGGUUGUUAAUGGAGAAUAUAUUUUUACUGCUGAGGAAGUUCUUCCAGAGGUGUUAAUUACGCAACAAUUGUCCGCCUUGAAUAGCAUUGAUUGCGAUUUCAGUACCCCGAAUUUUAUAGAAGUUUUAAAAACUAGAAUAGUACGAGGUAAAUAUCCAGCUGCCUUCUUAAAGGCUUUCGAUAUUUACGCCGACAAAAACGAGUGUUAUAACGAGCGGCCAUCCGAGUAUCAUACUGAUGAUCAAUUGUUCCUUAUACUGGGGCUAUCAUUAGGUGGCAAAGAUUUAGAAAAAGAAACUGUAACUAAUGAGAAGCAGUUCUUUUCCAUUCUCUUUCAAUUAGUUUUAACGCUAACAAUAGCUGAAAAGACAUUGGAAUUUGAGCAUAGAGAUUUACAUCUUGGAAACUUGCUUCUUGAAAAAUGUGCAACCAAAACAAAGCUGCAAUAUAAAUAUAACGGGAAUGAUUUCUGUUUAUGUACACAUGGUGUCAAGAUAAAAAUCAUAGAUUUUACAUUAAGUCGAUUGAAAAGAGAUGCCAUUACAUUAUUCAAAGACUUAGAAGCAGAUGUUGAACUAUUCGAAGGACAGGGAGAGUACCAAUAUGAGAUAUACAGAAUGAUGAGAAAAGAGAAUAAAGGAGACUGGAGUAUGUUUGAACCGAAGUCUAAUCUAUUCUGGUUGCAUCACAUGGCGCAUGAGCUGCUUACGAAGAAAAACUGUCCAAAAAUAACAAAGAAGAGAAAAAAGGAAUUGAUGACGGAAAUGGACAAACUUCUUACACUGGAUUCUGUAACAGAUAUCUUGACAAACGAAAGUUUCACUUGGAUGGUGCAAGAAGUAUUGGUAAAAUCUUAA